CUGGACUACAACCCCCAGGAUGCUCUGCGGCCGCGGGGAUUCCCAUCAUGGCGGCGGCCAGAGGUGCCACCAGCAGCAGCAGCAGCGAAGAGGAGGAGGAGGGCUUGAAGCGCCUCCGGGAGGCUGCUUGGGACCCGGUGCUGCAGCGAGCGGCCACGGCCGGAGCGGCCUUGUUGGCACCCACAGGCGGUAACUUUAAGAAGAGCAAGUUGCCAUCUGUUGAACCUAGCAUCAGAGAGAAGGCCAUUGAUCACAGGCAGGAUGGCAAUGAACUGCAGACCACCCCAGAAUUCCGAGCUCAUGUUGCAAAAAAACUGGGAGCCAUCUUGGACAGUUCCAUUACUGUCUUGAAGAAUCCACCAAGACCUGCACAGAACGAUGUGAAAUCCUUGGAGACUGAAGACGAUGGCUUUCGCCUCUUUUCAUCAUCUGUGCCAGGAGACUGCGGGAAGCCGGAACCUUUGCCCUCUGGAAAGAGACGGCGGCAGUGUUGCAGCUCCAGCUCUUCCAGUGAGCUGGACAGUGACCAAGAAUGGCAGAGAUGCCAGGAUGCAGCAGUGACGGCAGAAGAGAUCCUAAAACUUAGUGGCCUCCCAAUAGCAGCUCUUCAGGAUCCCAGCCAGAACCACCGUUGCCCAGCCUCAGAGCCCAGCCAGAAGAAGAGGAGGAGGAAGAGGAGGAGGAAGGCAAAAGCAGAAGGAGAGGAUGGUGACGAGAAGGAGGCCAUAGAAGGAGCACAUCGUAGCCAGGCCAGUGGUGGGACUGAGGGGCCCUUGUGCCUCAAUGGAGUGUGCAGAAGAGGAGAGAACGUGAGUGCAGAGGAUAUGGUGGUGAAGAAGAAGAAGAAAAUGAAGGAAGUAGAAGCAAGGACAGAGUGAUGGUUCCACACACACUCUGUGUCAGUAAAAGUUGCCUGAUAAGAGGCGUGUUGCUUUCGACAGUCUCUCCUGUGUUUGAGGAAACACAGUUGUCAAGCUUUAUAUUUUAUAGAAUCAAACUCCUGGGGUUUACUUUGGCAGUCCCUAUUGGAAGGGGCACCAGUGAAAAUGUAAAGGGAUCGCUCCACAAUGGCCUGUUGGAUCUGCGUACUGGAGUGCCCAGGCAGGUAGCUCAAGACAUCUGUGGAUGACCCUCCUGGGUUCCAUCUUUUCUUCCUGGGCCUCUGCAGCAUGUAACCCGCCAGGCUGCACUCCAGUCGUGGACUGAAGCCUCCCGAGUGCUCAGCAAGCCUGCCUAGUAGUUUCCAGCGAGAAAUGUAUCCUCAACAAGCCUGCCCUCGCAGGAAAGCCACAAAACCAAGUGGUUCAUUGAACCCCUGGCUGGCUGCCAUGCAUGGCUUGGUGGGUGAAGAGUUGUGCAGGCUGAAGAAAGUGGCCAAAUGCCAACAGCAGUAGCAAACAUAUCUUCCUGCCAGGCAUGUAAGCAUCUGAUGCCGACUUAAUCCGUUUCCCCUGUAAUGGUGUCUCAGUGAUAUUUCUGACUGUAAGAGCCGUGAUGGAAUAGAGAAGCAGCUACCUCACCCUGUGGCAAAGAAAGGACUGCCUAAAACUAAUUGGCCUCCCUUCCUUGCUGGUCAGAAAAGUCUGUGCAGGUGAGCUCAAUUUAAUGGUCUCUGAUGUUCCAGUUGGAGUCUGCUGUGGCUUCAUUUUUACUGUACGCAGCUGCAACCAGGCACCUCUUUUCUGUGUCUGUCCCCUUCCCCCCUUCUCAAAUUUAUCUUUCAAUGAUAUUAAAUCUACUGAAGUACAGUCAAAA